AUGAGCUUCACAUCUACAGAACACGUUGCCUGCACAUGUGUUUUAAGUUACGUCCCCCUGGAUAGCAGACGACGUGUCUUUCCUCCCACAGCGAGUGACGAUCCCUGUUUGUCAGCGAUCGUAUCUCGCAGGGAGCGCGAUGUUGAUAGCAGGAUUGAGCCCCGCGUUCCGGUUAGCUGCAAACAACACGCGUAUUCGCAGCCAGCUGUAUGCCAGUCGGCUCUACAUCGAAGGUUCAGCCGUUAGGAAAAUGAGCAAAAGCACCCCGCCUAAAGUGUUCAUCACACGUCGAGUUCCAGACCGAGGUCCUGCUUUGUUAAAGUCCGAGUGUACGGUGACACAGUGGGACAGCGAUGAACCCAUUUCUCGAGAAGAACUUCUGUCCAAAGUCCAGGGUGUGGAUGGCCUCUUCUGUCUCCUGACGGAGAAAAUCGACGCAGAACUGCUUGAUGCGGCUGGUCCCAAUCUUAAAGUUGUAGGCACCAUGUCCGUUGGCUAUGACCACGUUGAUCUUGUGGCAUGUGCUGAGAGAGGGGUCAAGGUUGGGUUCACACCCAAUGUGCUGACCAGCGCAGUGGCAGAACUCACUGUGUCUCUGUUGCUGGCAACCUCCCGUCGUCUAAAAGAAGGUAUUCGAGCUGUUGAGAAUGGUUCAUGGGGUACCUGGAAGCCUAUGUGGCUUUGUGGACCUGGUCUGGAUGGAUCUACAGUUGGCAUUAUUGGCAUGGGCCGCAUUGGCAUGGCUGUAGCUCGCUGCCUUCAGCCUUUUGGGGUUGCACGCUUCGUCUACUCUGAUUUCGAUGAACAGCCUAAAGCAAGAGACAUUGGAGCUGAGUUCUUGCCUCUUGAUGAGGUGAUAGCUUCUGCAGAUUUUCUUCUGGCUUGCUGUGCUCUAACUUCUGAAACCAAAGGCAUGUUUAACAUGGAUCUCUUUAAAAAGAUGAAAAACACGGCUGUCUUCAUUAACACCAGCCGUGGAGGGGUGGUGCAGCAGGAUGAUCUGUACAAAGCUCUGGUUUCUGGGGAGAUUGCAGCAGCAGGACUGGAUGUGACGACUCCAGAGCCUUUACCCACAAAUAGCCCUCUGCUGAAGCUUGAUAACUGUGUCAUACUGCCCCACAUAGCAAGUGCAACCCACAAAGCACGCAGUGCCAUGUCAGAACUAACUGCAAAAAACAUUUUGGCUGGCCUGAAGGGACAAACCAUACCAAGUGAAAUUACAGCCUAAAAUCACCAGCUUUUGAUUAAAAACUAUUGUUAGUCUUGUCUGCAACACUUGUCUCAUAUUUUUGGAAACUACUGCUGUAAGUGCCAUGCCUUCAUUGCCUCUUAUAACCAUAUUCUUUAGAAAUAAUGCAGGAAUAAAUUUAGUUUUCAUUAGAAUGUUAGUCUUUCAUUAGCUGCUUCAAACUGGCCUACAAGUGCACUUUGUUAAUCCAGGAAGAUGAUACUCAGUAAAUACUCCCAUAAUUAAUAAAACAGACACUAAGUGCUGUCCUUGUAGUGAUUGCUCUUCAUGUCAUGCUAUGUGUGUGUGAGAGAGAAUGAGACUUCUUUAUUAUGCUUGGCCAAGUGGCAUAUACCCUUGGACAAAGUUCUGGGGAUCAGGCUGAUCAAGGACUCAUGGUUAUAGGGUUAUGGAAACAUUUUACAAAAAGAAAAUGGUGUUAAGCUUAUAGCAAGACUUAUAAAAUCCCACGAAACCAGUUCAAGGUACUGAUGUAUGAUGAGGCAAAUUUAAAUUAUUAGUUUCACCAGAAAAUACAUAAUGUGUGGCAAUCAAGGCACAAUAAAGCAUCUCUAAUUAUAA